AUGUAAUAAUCUGAUCCAAAUCAAGCCUAAUAUUGGGGCAAUACUACACAAUCAUUUGAAGUCUAAACAACACAAUAAUAGUAACCUUAGUAACAAUUCAUUCCUACUUAAUAACCUAAUUAUGCUUAACAAUAUACAUAAUAUGGAUAAUAGUCCUAGUAAGUCACUUAUGGAUAGGUAUAUCAAAUAUAAAUAAUUUAAGCCAAUUGUUGCUAAUGUUUAUACUUAGCCAGUUCAAGUUGGAACACCUUAUUUAUAGACUGUAGUUGGAAAGUAUUAUUCUUUAUUAUUAAGUAAUUUUAAUACUCCUCCAUCGUUUAAUGCUAAUGGUGCACCCUUUCCUAUUUAAAUUAUAUGUCCAGUUUGUAAAACAUAAGGCAUUACAAAUGUGACAACUGAGAUAGGAGCAGGAACUUAUCUUGUAUCAUGUUUAUUAUUUCUGUGUACAGGGUAUUAAAUUAUUAUUUAUUGUUUAAAAGAAUAUUAUGUUGUUGGGUUCCAUGUGUUAUGCCUGAUUGUUAAGACAAAAUUCAUAAAUGUUCAUCAUGUAAAACAGAAGUAGGGAUAAAAUAAUAUGAUUUAUGUUGA